CAGAGGAACACACUUCAAAAUCCAGAAGAAAUCAGGCGACGACAGCGUGACAUUUACCAACAGCAACAAGGACGGCCAGUUACAAACUAUAGAGCAAAACACGAACGGUUCCGAACGCUAUCAGUCACGCCUUGAUACGUUCACAGAUUGGCCUCUACAUUUAUCCCAGAGACCAGAACAUUUGGCAACGGCUGGGUUGUAUUACACCGGCGUGGACGAUCAUUGUCGCUGCUUCGCUUGUGACGGUGGUUUGAGGAAAUGGGAACCAGGUGACGAUCCUUGGAUAGAACACUGUAGAUGGUUUCCAGCGUGUCCUUAUGCGAGAGAAAUCAAGGGCGAUGAAUUCAUUAACCUUAUCCAAGUAUCUGCAGAUCUGGCAGAAACUGAAACCACAUCAAAUCUGCAUGAAGGAAUAAACGGCGCUAUGGCUGCUUUAACAAUCGAUGACGGCGACGUUGAGAGAAUUGUUAAUAAACAUCAAGACAUUAUUACAUAUGACAUGGGGUUUUCCGUAGAAGAUGUUCGACAUGCUGUCUUGGAACUUGUUCAACAAGGCACUAAAGAGCCAGACAUUGAAGACAUUGUUACACGCAUAGAGGUGAUUCGUGAGAGAAAAUUACUUGACGAAACAGUCAGUGCAAGGCAACCGUCAAGCCCGCAAUCAAAUGAGACAAUAAUUUUACAAAAUCAACGAUUGAAAAAUCUGCUAUUAUGUCAUGUAUGCCACAAAAACCAAGUGAACGCAUUGUUUCUACCGUGUACACAUCACAAGUAUUGCUUGGAUUGUAUUCAGCACAGCGAUAUAUGUCCAGACUGUGGCAGACCGAUCAAGCAAAAGAUUCGCACCUUUAUGGGAUGAAGAAUGUGCUGACAAAAUGUACUUGAUAAUUAAGGUCAUAUGCGCUUUUUAUAGCUCGCAAAACUUACCUGCGAGACAUUUACAUUUUAAGAAUAUUUAUCAGGGUUUUUUAAGCGGCAAAUUUAGCAAAGAAUUUUCAGAGAAGUCCCUCAUAUAAUUCCGUACGGAUAUAAUUCAAGCACACUCAACAUCAGGUAACCGGGAGUUGUACAGGAACACAUCUUACUUGCUAGCGACCUCUGCUCAAAGAACUUCAAGGCUUAAGUAAAAGCCCUAAAAACAGAUGCAGUCCACAUUUAUCACAACCCACUCUCCUCCGACAACUUUGUGUUUUUUACCGACGCAAGCAAGUCCUGCAGGCACGCGACACUGUCGGCGACAAAGAAAUGAACGACCCUGUCAACUGCCUUGUGCCCCUUUGCAGAGCUCACACAGUCGUUCUGCAGUGGGUCCCUUUGCAAUAUACUUAGUAUUGAAGAAGCAGACACUCUAGCAAAGGAGGGCCCUACAACAGAGCAUAAUUUAAAUGCAACCACCUUCAUAAAAUCCAAUACCUUCAUCAAGUCAUAGCAAUACGCCAAGUGGCGGCAUCCACGAAUCACCAUAAAUGACCCCUACAACCACCUUUCAAGAUCCGCAGCAAUACAACACAGCAUUUGAUGCAGUCGUGCCCACGGCACGACGGCUUCAUGUGCCAGAUCUGGGCAGAGGAGACCAUACUGCAAGAGAAGCAUGACGGACCUGCGACGCACGGCUACCUUUGCACAAGGAGCCGGCCUGUCCAUUUAAGUAAUCGACUAGAAAAGAAGAUUAUUCUAACCUUCCUCACGGAACAUUUCAGUUUCAACAUUUUAGUUUGAUAUCAUUGGAAUAUAUAGUUAUAUAAAUGUAUAAUGGUGUAUAAUGGUGUUUCUUAGCUGGGGAAAAUGAGAAUUGCGCGUCUUUGCAUAAAUACGUUAAGAAUAACAUAUCUAUGGUUAUAAUGUUCUUUUCUUUAUCGAGAUUGCACAAGCAUAACAUGUAGUGAUUUAUAUUAAAAACGAGAUAUAUAUAUGUAAUGAAAAGUACCCUAUUAAUAGAAUAAUCGUGGCGAUGCCAUUAUAUGUAAGACCACUACCUGCAACAAGUGAAUAUUGUUAAUACAACAUGGGUGGCAGAUAAUUGCGCAUUCCCUACACAUAGAUAUUAAAUCCACUUUUCAUACAGGUGAACAAGUAGGUGGCUACGCGUUAUUUAUUUCAUAAAAUAUGAUGAUUAUUCAUUUUUCCGUAUAAAUUGCACUUCGGAAUACUUAAUUCUUUGUUUCGUAGAUUUACUAAAUGUGUAUGUGUGGUUUGAUUUGAUGAUAGACUUAGUUUAAGCAUAAUUGUGUUUCAAUACAGAUAUAUUGUAUGCGUGUAUGUCUUUGUAUGUUAAUUUUGUAUGCGCGCGUGUCUGUGUAUGUAAUUUUCUUUGAGUGUUGUAAGGUCUAUACAUGUUGUCGAUGUAUUAUUAUACAAAUUUCUUCAAGCUAGCGUAUGUCAGUUGCUUAAAUAGCUAUUCAUAUACUUGCAGACAUAUAAAAAUGUCAUUAUUCGUUCGUGAACAAUUAUGAGUAACAAUUAUAUUAUUAUUCGGGGUAUAUUAAAAACCUGAAGUUGUAGUACCUAUUCAAUGUAGUUCAGGAGAACAAUCGGGCUAUGCGAUCUCAGCUUAAACUAAGAAAACUAAGAAUUUUGCAACCAUAGAUAUACCUAGGCUAUUUAUUUGUGAGUUCGAAUUAGUCUUGCUAGCCAAUGAAGUCGGAAAAACAAGUAACAGUCUCAAUCCGUUCAGGAGCAAACUAAAUGACUUCUUUUCGCAAGACAUUGAAUCGAUAAUAAGCAUUCAUCCCACAAAUCACUGUACACGGAUUUAAAAUCCGUGCUAUAUAUCGAACGAUAAAUAUAAUGUGACACUUGCCAUUCUUGUUAGAAAAGAAACCACUGUCAAUUUUUGGAUGCUGAAGACAUAAACUGAUGGAUGAUAAAGAGAGACACUUAAAUAUGUAUAUCUGUGUAUUUUGUGCAAAUCAUAGUAAUGUUCAACUGUAGAAGAUGGAUUACACUGUUGUAUGUUCUACAAUGUACCCUAGUUUGAAUUAAUUGGCUAUACAAUAUGAAGUCUUUUGCAUAGUAGAUACGGCUUGAUUUAGACAAAGUAUGGGUACAGUUUUAACAUGUUUAUUUUGCAAUGUAAAAUUAUAUGAAGGCUUUUUAUUUUGUAGAAAGAUAUAAUUCGAAUGAGGUUCUUGACGUAAAAGUUUUAACAUGAUAAAAUCAAUUUAUACUUUAAUUAAAUAAAAACUAAAAUGUAAUAAUGGAAUUUAUAGCGAUUCAUUUACAUGUUUUAAGUGUAGGACAAGGAGAAUAAUUGUCGCAAUGUUUGUCCUCUAUAAAUUUAGAUGAUAUUGAGGAACAGUUGAUACUACAUAUAUUUCCGGGAGUCGAACUUGGAGUUUAUCAUUACGUUGUGUGUGCAUAGUAUGAAACAGUAAAUCGGCAUGAGUUUAUUAACAUUCAUAUCAUGAUACUUGGAUGUUGCAAACGGUAAAAAAUAAACAAAGGUAAUAAAUUGGAUAAAGAGCUGUCUAAAUAAAAUUAAUUUUAAAUAUAUUUUUUAAAUCAACCAUCUAGAAAUUGUAAAUAAGUGUAUACAAUGUAUAAUAUUUCGCACCCAAUCUUUUUGGACGAGUAAACAAAGUGUACUGUACGUUGCACCCAUUUUUUUGCAUGCAAAAACGGUUAUUUUUUUUUUUCCAGGAACCCAGUGAGUCUUCGUAUUUAAGCGUUAAAAUAAUGUUGUAUUCAAUAUGCAACCUACAGGUCACCAUAUAAUUAAUUUAUCGAAUAAGGCAUUUCCAAGAUA